AUGGCCAGAAGAGCUAUAAUUCUUCUCUGCUCCAUCAGCUUGCUGCUGGAUCAUUCAUGGGGAUCCCUUCAAGUGGGUUUCUACUCCUCUACCUGCCCUGCUGCCGAGUCCAUAGUUAGAUCCGCCGUUCGAGCCGCCAUGACUUUCGACUGGACCAUCACUGCUCCCCUACUCCGCCUCCACUUCCAUGACUGCUUUGUUCAGGGAUGUGAAGGGUCUAUUCUGAUUGAUGGGCCGACUUCCGAGAAGACCAGCCGGGCCCAUGCAGGCUUAAGGGGGUUCGACGUGAUCGAUGCUGCGAAAUCUCAGCUGGAACAGGUGUGCCCCGGCGUUGUUUCGUGCUCGGACAUAGUGGCAUUGGCGGCGAGGGACUCUGUUUCCAUGAGUGGAGGGCCAAGUUAUCAAGUUGAAACAGGGAGAAGAGAUGGCCUUGCUUCUGUGGCUUCUGAUGCUAGCAGAAUGCCUGAUGUUAAUGACCCCAUCAGUGUCCUCAAGGCGAAGUUUGCAGCAAAGGGACUCUCUGCUUCAGACUUGGUUCUUCUAAGCGCAGGGGGGCACAGCAUAGGCACGGCGGCAUGUUUCUUUAUGACCAAGCGCCUCUAUGCAUUCACUCCCGCCGGAGGGUCCGACCGCUCCAUAAAUCCGGCGUUCCUGCCGGCACUGGAAUUAACCUGCCCGGCGAACGGCGACGUCAAUGUCCGGCUGCCUUUGGAUCAGGGAAGCGAGUUUUCGUUCGACAAGAACAUCCUCAACAAUAUCCGGUUCGGGUUCGCGGUUCUCGCAUCCGAUGCACAACUCUACGAGGACCCGUCCACCCGACGGGUCGUGGAUUCGUAUUUUGGGCUGCGCGGCGGGUCCGUUCCCGACUUGUCCAGUUCAUCCUUCCAUCGAGAUUUCGCGAAUGCAAUGGUGAAGAUGGGUCGGGUCGGUGUAAAAACCGGAUCCCAGGGUGAAAUCAGAAGAGUAUGCUCCAGAUUCAAUUGAUGUCUCUUACCUUGCUUGACACUGUUUCUUGACUAAUUGUACGGAGGAAUUUGAAUAAAUUAGAAAUAAAUGGAGUCUUUUUGUCAUUAAAUGUAAUUCAUGAGGCCUUUCGAGUAAAGUGUUCUUCAAUUCAUAAA